AUGACGUCUGUCAGAUCCCAGCCAAUCAGCGGUCGUUUAGCAGUGCGGCGCUGCAGAGAGACUCGGAGGGGUCGGUGUCGGUGUUAAGUCAUGAACUUCAAUAACUUCUUCACAUCCAGCGGUUAAGUGCACCUUCAGCCAUGCCUGUGACAUCCCAGCUGCUCAGGGGGUUGCCCCGUGCCAAGGUCUUGGCCUCCAGUCUGUUACCGUGCCAACAACACCAGGCCCAGUUAGGACCCAUCACUCACCGACCCGUGUCAAGACGGCCCUCUCAUACGUGGCAGAGCCACCAGCACUCAAGAAGUUACCAAACAACGUCCAUGCUCCGCAGCUACGUCCUCUCGCCCCCGCAGGUCAACUCUAUUCUGAAAGCCAACGAGUACAGCUUCAAGGUGCCAGAGUUUGAUGGGAAGAAUGUGUCAGCAGUGAUGGGUUUUGAGAGUAACCAGCUGCCGGCAAACGCUCCUAUAGAAGACCGUCGAAGUGCAGCCACAUGCCUGCAGACGCGAGGAAUGCUGCUGGGUGUGUUUGAUGGCCAUGCUGGCUGUGCCUGUGCACAGGCGCUGAGUGAGAGGUUGUUUUACUACAUAGCUGUGUCUCUGCUGCCCCACAACACACUGUGUGAGCUCGAGGCAGCGGUGGAGGCCGGCCGGGCCCUCAGUCCCAUCCUGCAGUGGCACAAACACCCCAACGACUACUUCAGCAGGGAGGCUCAGAUUCUCUACUUCAACAGCCUCCGAACCUACUGGCAGGAGUUAAUAGAUCUCACCAGCCCAGGCGAAGUUCCAGACACCCGCGAGGCGUUGAUGAAUGCCUUUAAGAGGCUUGACAAUGACAUGUCCCUGGAGGCUCAGGUUGGAGAUCCGAAUGCUUUCCUGCACUACUGGGUCCUGAGGGUGGCCUUUUCUGGAGCAACGGCCUGUGUGGCUCACAUCGAUGGAUCAGACCUGUAUAUAGCCAAUUCUGGAGACGCUCGGGCGGUGUUGGGGGUGCAGGAGGAGGACGGUUCAUUCAGCUGUCACACUCUCUCUAAUGACCACAGCGCCCAGAAUGAUGAUGAGGUGGCUCGGAUACGAGGUGAACACCCUCCAUCGGAGAGGAAGACGGUUAUACGUCAGGACCGGUUGCUCGGCCUCCUCAUGCCGUUCCGUGCGUUUGGGGAUGUGAAGUUCAAGUGGAGUAUUGAGCUGCAGAAGUGUGUGUUGGAGUCUGGACCUGAUCAGCUCCAUGAAAACGAGCACACCAAGUUCAUCCCUCCAAACUACCACACACCCCCCUACCUGACCGCCGAGCCUGAGAUCACAUACCACAAACUGCGGCCACAGGAUCGCUUCGUGGUGAUCGGCUCUGAUGGCCUUUGGGAGACCCUCCACAGACAGGAAGUGGUCCGUAUUGUCGGGGAGUAUUUAACCGGGGUGCACCAGCGUGCGCCCCUCAAAGUCGGCGGCUACAAGGUCACCCUGGGACAGAUGCAGGGGCUGCUCGAAGAGAGAAAGGCUCGCGUGUCUUCGGCUUUCGAGGAUCAGAACUCGGCGACCCACCUGAUGCGUCACGCGGUGGGAAACAACGAAUUCGGCACGGUCGACCACGAGAGGCUGUCCAAAAUGCUGUCGCUGCCCGAGGAGCUGGCUCGCAUGUACCGCGAUGACAUCACCAUUAUCAUCACUCAGUUGAACCCUCAUGUGAUUGGAGCACAGACACAGGAGGGGCAGUCCUGAGCCAAACCUUCACUGGUGUUUUACUGAGGAGUUCACACACUUCUAGACAUGAGCACACUUUGUGGACAAACAGGCCAUAUUAAGAAAACUUCUGUCCAGCAGUCGGAAAGAAUUGUUUUAACUCUAUUUAUGUAAAAAAAAAAAUGGUUCGUUUGUUAGCAGUGCUAGAGAAGAUCCAGUUCCUCGUGAAGUCCAAAGAUCUUCAUUGGAUCGUUCUCUAAUAUAACAUGCUAUUUAUGCUUCCAGUACCUUCUGGCAACUGUUUCAUACACACUUCUCUGCGUGGCUGAUAAGACGCUGUUACAAACUGAUUUUUGCCAAAAGAUUCAACCUCCUUCCUCGUCUGCUGAAGGAUUCAGAGGGGUUGAAAUUAUAGAGAUUCCAAAGAGGUUGAAGGUUGGGACUUUACAAGUAAAGAGGCCGUGGUUGAUGCGGACCUGCUUCUCUGAUAUGGACUCUAACUGGGCUGUGCCAUUAUAACACCGACACUCUCUUUCUCUGCCGUCUGGUUUUGUUAUUUGCAAUCUUUCUCACUUUCUAGGCUGCUCCUGCAUCUGUUACGACAGGACUGUUUGUUUUUAGUCCUUUGUGUAUGUCAUUGUGUGAGAUAAUCUUAGUACUGUCCAAACAUAUACAUGUUGUUCUGCAUUUACACUUCAGUCUGUGAGUAUUUGGAUGAUGAUGUUUGUUACUCCAGCGCACUGGAUUUCAAGUAAAACAGUGACUGUCAGGUUUAAGUGCUGACUUUGAGCUUUAAAGUGUUUACAUCCAUAUUGGUUGAACAAUGUAGGACUCUAAAACUAAAGUUGACAGCUAACACUGAUAGUGUAGUGGUUACCAUCCUGUGCGGCACCUCCUAAUGAGUCCCAAGAUAAAUUUCAGGGGUCACAAGAUGAUUAUAGGGAAAAGAGAGAAAAUGAUUCUGUUGCACACAAUUUAUCUAUUUAAAUAAAUACUGGAUUCCUUUAAAAUCCCACAAAUGAAACAAUUUGAAUAGUCAAAUUGACUUUUUUUUUUUUAAUUUUAAAGGGUUCAUAAGCCAAAAAGGUUGGGAACCGCUGAGCAAGGGAUUGUUUUCAUUUCAAAAUGUUAUCAAUAUUUACAGACUGCACCAAUGAAAUGUGCACCACUACAGGUAGACUGUAGCAGUGAUAAUUAAGUGAAAUUAUAUUAUAUCUCCAUUUAUAUAAUACAGCACCACUUUGGUUAGAGUGACAGCGGUAGAUUGAAGUACUAUGUCUGUUCGUGAACCUCUAAGCAGACACAUUGUGGUUCUUUUCCAAGCUUUGUGGGGUUAACAGGGACGCUUGUUAAAAGUUCAUCUUGCCUUAUGUUAUUUUUUCUGACAGGUCAUUAGCAGUUUGGGUAACAGGUUGUUACAGUUUGGGUUUUUAUCACUCAUGACAGUAACGGUGGAAGCAGAAGCACUCUCCUAAUACUCUUCAGUUAAACACUAAUGACGGGGUCGUAGCUGUGUGUUCAAGUGUAUUUAAGCCCAAAUGAAUGAGCGGAAUGUCAAUUUGAAAGAAGCUGUUUGAAUAUUAAAGAUUAUUUAUACAGCUUUGCAGUAUGUUACACAUCUUUAUCUACAGUUGUAUGUAUAAAUUAUAACUUAAUGUGGGUUUUGUAUAUUGAAUGGUUUAAUAAAACACUGAAUACACACCA